UAUCUCUCGCUCUCCCACUCGCUCUGUGUCUCUGCUGGGUUUUAGCCUUUGGGAUGGCUUUGAGCUUUUCCUGCAACUCUAGAAUCUUCCCUCAGCAUCAAGUGAGAGUGAGUCCUAAGAGCAACAAAUUCCUUGACAAUGUUAGAAACCUCGUCAAAACAGUUGGGAUUCCUUCAGUUUCGUCUUCUCCGCUUGAAUCUCUCCGAAAGGGCAACUGGGUCAAGCUCAUAUGCGGUGCAAGCUUCGAGGAUGUUGUUGAUAUCAGGAAUCUUUCCCUUGUCUACACUCUAGCCGGAGUGGAUUGCAUUGACUGUGCUGCUGAUGCGGCAGUGGUGAGUGCGGUGAAUGAUGGAAUUGAAGCUGCUAGAAGGAUCGUGGGCCUAAGAAGACCUUGGGUAAUGAUCAGUGUCAAUGAUGACGAUGACCUUCACUUCCGAAAGGCUGAAUUUGAUCCAGAGGAUUGUCCGCUUGACUGUUCAAGGCCUUGUGAGGUUGUUUGUCCUGCUAGUGCAAUAUCACUAACAGAAAGAAACUCAACAGUUGAAGUUUCCUGUGGUACCAAUACACCUGGAUUUAAGGGUGGAGUUAUAACUGAACGCUGUUAUGGCUGUGGUCGUUGCUUUCCAGUUUGCCCCUACGAUAAAAUAAGGUCGGUUUCAUAUAUAAGAGAUACUACUGCUACUGCUGAGCUUAUUAAAAGAAAUGGUAUUGAUGCUUUGGAGGUACAUACAAAUGGAAGGCAGACUGCUCUUUUUAAAGAACUUUGGGAUGGAUUGGGAGAUUCAAUUGCAUGCCUUAGACUAGUAGCAGUUAGCUUACCUGAUGUUGGGGAUUCAACCAUAUCUUCGAUGAACACCAUGUACUCUAUUAUGCAAUCUCAUCUCAAUUGCUUCAAUUUAUGGCAGUUGGAUGGCCGCCCCAUGAGUGGAGAUAUUGGACGAGGUGCCACAAGGGAAUCAAUUACUUUCGCCGUUCAAUUGGCUGCUGUAAAAGAAAGGCCUCCUGGUUUUCUUCAAUUGGCAGGCGGCACCAAUGCUCACACAGUCGACGGGUUGAAGAAAUUGGGACUUUUUCAAACAACAUCCUUUGCUAAGAACUCAAAGGAUGAAAAACUUACAGCUGGUUCGCCUAGUUCUUUGCAUGCUUUAAUCGGCGGCAUAGCUUAUGGUGGCUAUGCAAGGAAGAUUGUUGGAAGGGUCUUGAGUUCCAUGCAAUCACAGCACGGUGCUACUCAUAUUGAGGAUUACCCAGAGCAUCUCUUGGAGGCACUUAGUGAAGCCCUUGCUUUAGUUGGAACUGUCAAAUGUUAUGAUCCAUUCUAACACUCAUCAGUGGUAUUAAUCCUUCUUCCUAUUAUUAUUAGUAUCUGGAGGCUUCAGUGUUACUUCAAAAAUUCUUGUCAAUCUAUGAACCAAAAUUGAAGAACAA